GCGUGCAUGUGAGUGGCAGGGUGCUUUAUCAGUGCAAGCCAGCUGUGACUUCAUACACGCUCAUGCCUCAGAGUGACUUAGUAGCAGUCUCACCAACCACUCCUGCCACAAACACACGCAAAGUGAGGAUGAGGGGGUUCCCACCAUGUGUGACCCCACUACUGGGUCUUCUCAUCUUGUUGACCCCAGGGAGGGUUCAAGGGUCAUCAAGCUGUCCCCUGUACUGCUCCUGCCAUGGUGCUCAGGUAGACUGCAGCAGCCGUGCCCUCACCACCUCUUCCUUACCCUCCCGCUUCCCUCCUGCCACCACCGAGCUCCGUCUCCAUGACAACCAGCUGACCACGCUCCCAAACAGCCUUCUGGACUUCCUCUCCUCCCUCCGCUCCGUGUCGCUCCAUGGAAACCCCUGGGCCUGUGACUGCGGUGUGCUCUACCUGCGUGCCUGGCUGCUCCGACACCCUGCCAGCUACACCAGCCACAGCAACAUCACCUGCAGUUCCCCUCCCCGCCUGCGAGGGACGCUGGUGGUCUACCUGGCUGAGGAGGAGGUGCUGGAGUCCUGUCACUACUGGUACUGUGACUUGGCACUGGCCUCCCAGGUGUGUUUGUUUGUGUUUGUGGCAGUGCAGGCGGGGCUGCUGGCUGCUGUGAUCGUGUUCCUGAGGAGGUUUGAGAGCCUGUCCCGCGAGGCCCGGUGGACCACAGAGGAGAGCUUUGCUGGGGGGGAGGGGCUUACGAGUAAUGAGUAUAGUGAGUAUGAGCCCAUGAAGGAAAGCAUCAUCUGACGAGGGGAGGGGAGGGCCAGGUAGGCAAGGAGAGAAAAGAGGGAGAGGAGACACUUGAAGGGGACAAGCUGGUGAGCAAUAAAAUGACGGAGCCCUUUCAGGUCUGUGGUAAGAAAAGAAUGAGGAUGAGGAGAAAAGGGCUUGUUAGAUUCACUGGAAACAGGAAAUUCCAGAGAAACUCGCAGGACAAGAAAUUAGGCUAAAUCGAAGUGGUUCUGCAUCUAUUUUCAAGGACUUCUUGCAAUGUGUUUGUUGGUUACAUCAGUCAAUAACACUGUUAGAAUAAUAUAUCAUGCUAUGAAUCAAUAGUACAUAGAAUAUAACAUUUAAUUGACAUUUAAUAAUGCUGUUUUGUGUCAUUGUUUUAAAGCUGCUAUUUAUCAUUUAUUUAGAUAGCAAUAAUAAAACAAUUGUAAAUGGAUGCAUUUUUAAAGAUUUCGGAUGUAUAUAUACUUAACAAAAAUAUAAACGCAACAUGCAACAAUUUCAAAGAUUUUACUGAGUUAGAGUUCAUAAAAGGAAAUCAGUCAAUUGAAAUUUCACAUGACUAGGAAUACAGAUAUGCAUCUGUUGGUCACGGAUACCUUUAAAAAAAGAUCAGAAAACCAGUCAGUGUCUGGUGUGACCACCAUUUGCCUCAUGGAGCGCAACACAUCUCCUCCGCAUAGAGUUGAUCCGGCUGUUGAUUGUGUCCAGUAGUAUGUUGUCCCACUCCUCUUCAAUGGUUGUGAAAACUUUCUGGAUAUUGGCGGUAACUGGAACAUGCUGUUGUACACGUCGAUCCAGAGCAUCCCAAACAUGCUCAAUGGUGCAAUGUCUGGUGAGUAUGCAGGCCAUGGAGGAACUGGAACAUUUUCAGCUUCCAGGAAUUGUCUACAGAUCCUUGCGACAUGGGGCCGUGCAUUAUCAUACUGAAACAUGGUGAUGACGGUGGAUGAAAGGCACGACAAUGGGCCUCAGGAUCUCAUUACGGCAUAGUUUAUGACUGCCCUUUCCAUAACCCCACCGCCACUAUGGGGCACUCUGUUUACAACGUUGACAUUAGCAAACCGCUCGCCCACACAACACCAUACGUGGUCUACGGUUGUGAGGCCGGUUGGACGUACUGCCAAAAUCUCUAAAACGACAUUGGAGAUGGCUUAUGGUAGAGAAAUUAACAUAACACUUUCUGGCAACAGCUCUGGUGGACUUUCCUCCAGUCAGCAUACCAAUUGCACGCUCCCGCAAAACUUGAGAUUAUGUUGUGUUACAAAACACUACACAUUUUAGAGUGGCCUUUCAAUGUUUACAGCACAAGGUGCAUCUGUGUAAUGAUCAUGCUGUUUAAUCAGCUUUUGAUAUUCCACACCUGUCAGGUGGAUGGAUUAUCCUGGCAAAGGAGAAAUGCUCACUAACAGGGAUGUAAACAAAUUUAUGCCCAACGUUUGAGAGAAAUAAGCUUUUUGUGUGUAUGGAAAAUUUAACUUAUCUUUUAUUUCAGCUCAUGAAACAUGGGACCAACACUUUACAUGUUGCGUUUACGUUUUUGUUCAGUGUAAUUACAAUAUGAUGGUGAAUCAGCACAAUUUAUAUUUCCUUGUAAUACAUGUUUGUGUUUAUGUACUUUGAUACAGCACGUUAGCUGUUGGCUAUUUUCUAUAUUUUAUUUGGAGGUUUUCAUUAUAUAACAUUCCUAAUCCAGCCCAUUAAAAAUGACUUUGGAAAUAUGUUUGUGAAUUUUCAUUCCAGUCGAAGUAGAAGCUUGUCUAAUUGCCUGCAAUGACAUCCGUCUUUUUAGACCUAAUAACUACAGCCAGAGCCAUGUAUUUCUACUCUAUACAUGGAUCUAACUACAAUAGGCUAUUCCAUAUACUUCCACACAGCGCAGUGGAGGACACCAUCAUACAAAUACACAGUAUAGCUUUGUCAUAAUAGCUAUUGUUUGUCAGUUUCAUCACAUAAAACAUAAAUAUUCACUGGAUCAUUCAAAAAUAUUGCAAUGCAUAAAGAAAUAGCUUGCGGAAUAAAGUUUUAAGGAAGGAA